UUUCGGUCAGGGAGAGAGUCGAUCAACUCAUCGCUGAAGACCGUCUUGGCUUUUAGCCCCCAAGCUUCAGAGAAAUCAUCAAAUUCAAGAAAAGCCUCCACCUGAAAGAGAAUGUGGAGUCAGCCUUAUGGUCAAUGAUUCCUCAGUUGACUCCUCCCCCUCGUGGUCAGCUGCUGCAGCUCUACCCGUUGUCUUAUCCCAAGCAAAAAGGUCGUGUGCGGUCCUGCCCUGAAUGCAGCAGCUCAAAAAUCCUACCCUGCGGUCUGUUCCGCAUUCUCCACCUUCCAACCCCCCCGCUGCCUCCACUCAGUCCUGUCAGGAGCGUCUACACUUCUAUCUCCCAGAGCAGACCUUCUAGAAAAACCUCCACAGCCCAACAGCAUGGGAGACAUGGCAGAGCAGAAGACCUUCUCAGAAAUCAUCACCCAGAUUUUUGAGGAGGCUCCAGCCUCCAGGAAGGCUCUCACAGACAACCACAGCAACCUUCUCCAGGUGGCAGAUUACUGCGAGAACAAGUAUCUUCAGACAGACGAUCCCAGCAAAGCCAUUGAAGAGGCCAAGGCUUUGGUGGCCCAGGCUUUGGCCAGCGUGUCCUACCAGAUCAACAGAGUGGCCAGCUCUCUGCUGAAGCUGCUGGACUCUCAGGCCAUGCAGAUCAGAGACAUGGAGUCCUCCGUCAACCUGGUGUCACUGGCUGCUGCUAUCCACUUAGAAAAAGUGGCUCGGAGGGAAAUCGGGGUUUUCACGUCUCCAAAAGCCAAAACGCGAUCCAAGCCUUUGACUCCCCCACCAUCCGGGAGGGAGCCCGAGGCGUCCUAUGAGAGGGAACCGAUAUCGUAUUCCAUCCUGGACUCAGUGGGACACUGUUUUGAGCAGGUGAAUGAGCUUCAGCCAAAGAAGACCACGGCGACAACAGACAACACACAAAGGAAUCCAGACUCUGAAUCAAGUCACAGUUUCGCCGUUUCCGGUCACGGCAUUGCCGUCGCCCCGCCGUCCGUACCCACCCUGUCCGCCGCCGCCGCCGCCACCAGCAGCAGCAACAGUCUGCCUCCACCUGCUCCGUCUUUCGCCGGCACGGACCCUAACGCCCCUCCCCCGCCUCCCUUCAUGGAGGCCGACCUUCCCCCGCCGCCCUCGGAUUACCCUCCCCCUCCCCCGAGCAUGGGCCCAUCAGAUAGCAGCUUCCCGCCUCCACCUCCUUUAGCUACGGGUGCGGGUCUUCCUCCUCCUCCUCCUCCUCCUCCUCCACCUGCAAUCAGCUCCUCCGGUGGUUCAGUCCCACCUCCUCCUCCUCCUCCUCCUCCUCCUCCAUUUCCUGGACGUUAACGUAGUUACUUCCUAUCUGCUGACUUAGAGGAACGAGUAAAUAAAUAUUUAAAAAGUUUUCCACUCA